UGCUCCUCCACGUUAGAGGAGCCGGUUCCUUUUACACCACCCCCCUGCACGGAACCAGAUCGCCGAGCGCAGCAAUGGCGGCGGGGUACCGGGCGGAGGACGACUACGACUACCUCUUCAAGGUGGUGCUCAUCGGCGACUCCGGCGUCGGCAAGUCCAACCUCCUCUCCCGCUUCACGCGCAACGAGUUCAGCCUCGAGUCCAAGUCCACCAUCGGGGUCGAGUUCGCCACACGCUCCCUCCAGGUCGACGGCAAGGUCGUCAAGGCCCAGAUUUGGGACACCGCCGGACAAGAAAGGUAUCGUGCUAUUACUAGUGCAUACUACCGUGGUGCUGUUGGAGCAUUACUUGUGUAUGAUGUCACUCGGCACGCGACCUAUGAGAAUGCUGAGCGCUGGCUGAAGGAACUGAGGGACCACACGGACCCAAAUAUAGUUGUUAUGCUAGUUGGCAACAAGUCUGAUCUCCGUCAUCUUGUAGCAGUCCAAACUGAUGAAGCGAAGGGAUUUGCAGAGAGAGAAUCACUCUAUUUCAUGGAGACUUCUGCGCUGGAGUCCACCAAUGUGGAAGAUGCAUUUUCUGAGGUCUUAACUCAGAUUUACCGCAUCGUGAGCAAGAGGUCAGUUGAAGCAGGUGAAGACUCAGGUUCUGGCCCUGGCAAGGGUGAAAAGAUCAGUAUGAAGGAUGAUGUCUCGGCAGUGAAGAAGGGUGGCUGCUGCUCCAGUUGAGCCACGUGGUAUUCUUUUGGUUGGGUUUGUGUGAUGUUACAUGUUAGCUUGCGCUAUCGCCUUUCCAGUGACCGGGAAUUAUUAUUAGUAGCAGUAGCAAGUAUCAUGUCCUAGAGAAGUUUGUUGCUGAACUGAGAAGUUUGUCUAGAUCAGGAUAGACCUUUGUAUUCUUUGUAUGGUGGUGUCCUUGGCAAUUGGCAUGGCAUGUUUUUUCAUCUCAA